UAAAUAAUACUCCAUACAGAGCACUUUCUGAUUUCAUGUUCAGGGAAAUGUUUCAUGUGUAGAAGAAUUCAACAAAGUACAUUUUCUGAAAUAAGAGGUAUUAGAAAGCAGACAGUAGCAUAGACAGUGUAUUAAUAUGCUCAAAAUUCUGUAACAAAAUACCCAAACUGGGUGGCUUAAAUAAUAGGAGCCAUUUUUUUCAAUUCUGGGGACAGAAAGACCAAGAGCAAGGUGUCAGUAUGGCUGGUGUCUGGCCACCAUGGCUGGUGGUCCCCUUAGGUUACAAACAGCUACUUUCACACAGUAUGCUCCUGUGACUUUGUCUCUGUGUGUGUAUUCCAAGAGAGAGCUCAAUGGGUCUCAUAUAAGGACCCUAAUCCUGUCCAAACUAGUCUCCACGCCAUGACCUCAUUUAAACUUUAUUACUUCUUUAAAGGUCCCACCUCCAAACAUAGUCAUGGGCUUCACUAUAUUAGUUUGAGGAGACACAUUCAGUCCAUAACAAGUAGUUUCUGAUUAUGGAAGAUUUUAAAUGCCAGACUAAAGGGUUUUAUUAUCUUGUGAGUAAAAAGUAUAUAGAGAUGAAUCUAUUGGUGAGAUUUUAUCAUUAGACAUUUUUAAAAUUUUCAAUCCAUUCUUACUAGAACUGAAUUUAGUAAACAUUAAAAUAAAAUAAUAACACUAGUUUAACUCUGAAUGCAUUUUUUUUGUAUUCAUUAAAAUGACAUAAUUCUGAGUAGUGAAACAAAUGUCAAAAGAAUUGUAUGAUUAAGGGAUCUUAAUACUCAGCAGAAAAAUAAUUUAUAGAGAACACACAUCUUUGAUUUUUUCCUGGAGGAAAUCUUAGUUUUUUGUAGAUUAAUAUAAUAUAUUAUAUUGUACAUAUAAUAUACAUCUCUGUUCCUCUGUCCUGAGUGGUAAUAAUGCCUGACAAAAAUAUUUUAUAUUUUAUUUCUUUCCCAUGUACUAUCUCCCUUAAUAUUUAGAAUCAAUCCUUGAGAUAGAGAAGAUAUAUUUACAUAUUGCAGGUAACUAAAAUAAAGUCAGAAAUGUCAAAUGUUUUCCCCAGUACAAAAAAUGCUUAUGCUGAAUAUCAUCACACUUAUAGAUUACUUAAUAGUUCAUUCCAUGAUAUUCGUUGAAGAAAUUAGAAUGUUUCUCACUGACAUGUACUCCUAAACUAGCUCAGAAUACUUUUUCUAUUGUUUAAACUAGUGAUUCUCAAGUUUUACCUCAGAGAACCCCCAUAGCACCCCUAAAUUUCCUGAUAGGCAUCUUAGGAAACAUGUGGCAUGGAACUGGGAUUUGAGAGGAAAUCCAUUUGGAAAUGGAUGCCCCUUCAAAUUUUGUCCCUUUUACCUAGAUCAAGAUGAUCUCUAAGUUUAGCUGUAAGAAUAAAGGCAAGGGAAGUUUCUUUUUCUCAUUCUUUCUGAAUCCCCAUUCAUGAACUGAUCAAAUUAAACUUCCAUGCAUCCAAACUUUUAUUUAUUUUUUAAUUGGAAAACAUUAUUGUAUUUAUUGAGCUUCAGUUUGUGAUUUUACAUAUGAUAUUCCUAUACAUAAUCUCUGCCUUUUGAUUAAAUUACUUGUUUUAUGCACAUUUAAUGUUUUUAUUGGUAUAGUUGGACUUAUAUGUGCUUCUGUACUUCUUGUUUUAUAUAUGUCUCAUCAUACCCAGACUUUUAAAUAUGAGAUCUGCUUAGUAGGAGGAGGUCAGCGAAUAAGAAAUAGUGGCAUCAAGUAAUACCUUUUUUUUGUAGCUCUUACCUUUUUCUGUAUUUUAUUAGUACAUGUUUUCAGUGCAUAAUGAGUACACUUACUGUAGGGGAUUGGUGCACGUACAUAACACAUCUCAAUUUUUUUCUCCUUCCCUCCAUUCCCUUUUAUUUUGCUAGUACUUACCAUUUAUUUGUAAAACUUUACAAAGGUAAUUAUCAUAUAUACAAUUUGAAAAGCAGACUAAUAAGCCAAAGAUCUUAUAAAAUAUGUAAGACAGGUACACUAAGUCAGGAUACACUUUUAGAUACAUUGUGCUGGAUUACAAUGCCUGUUUUCCUCUUUCUCUGUUUGCCUCAUAUCUUUUGUUUCAUGCUUGAUAUGUAUUUGUUUGAGUUUCUUUUGUUUUCCUGAUAUAUGAAUUUACUGCUAUGAAAUUCCCUCUUAGGAUGGCUUUCAUUGUGUCCCAUAGGUUCUGGUAUGUCAUACUGGCGUUGAUUAUAGAAACUAAUUUCUUCUUUAAUUGAGUCUGUGACUCAUUGAUUAUUCAAGAUAAUAUUAUUUAAUUUCCAUGUGCUUGCAUAGUUUCUGUGCUGUCUUUUGCCAUUGAUUUUCUGGUUUCAGUGCACUGUGAUCUGAUAAUAUGAAUGGGAUAAUUUCAAUUAUUUUGCAUUUUCUUAAACUUGCUUUAUGGUUUGUAUAUAAUCUGUUUUGGAUAAAGUCUCAUGUGCUGCUGAGAAGCAUAUGUAUUCUGUUGUUGUUGGGUGGAACACUGUAGAUAUCUGUUAAGUCCAUUUAUUCAAAGAUAACUUCAACUCUGAUAUUCCUUUGUUGAUUUUUUAAUUUAGUUGAUCUGUUCUUUUGCAAAAGUGGGGUAUUGAAAUUCCCUAUUACAAUUAUAUUGGUGUUUAUCUGAUUUUUUAUAUCUAUUAUAAAGCUGGGUACACCUGUAUUUGGUGUGUGUGUGUUUUGUUUCAAGCAUUGAACUCAAGACCUCCUGCUUGUCAGGCAAGCCCUGUGCCACUGGACUGUAUUCCUUGACCCCGUGUGUUUAUAAUUGUUAGCUCUUCUGGUGAAUUGUUCCCUUAACCAGAUUGUAGUGACAUUCUUUGUCUCUUCUGAUCAGUUUUAGCUAGAAAUCCAUUUUAUCUGAAAUUAGGGUAGCAACUUCUGCUUUUAUCAAGGUUCCUGUUGCAUAGAAUACUGUUUUAUAUACUUUGGUUUUUAAUCUAUAUUUUUUAAAAUUUAGCUGUGUUUCUUGUGUGUUGCAUAUUGUUGGGUUUUCUUUCUUCAUCCAUUCUGCCAGUCCAUCUCUUUUAAUUGGGGAAUUGAGAUCAUUCACAAUGAGAGUUAUUACUGGCAGGUACUGACUUAUUUCUGUCUUUGUAUUAUUUUUCCUUUUGCUUGAUUUCCUCAUUUUAUCCCCUCUUGCCUAGGUGCUCAUCCUACCAAAUAUAUUGAUUCUUUUGGACUUACUGGUAUUGUUGACUUUAUUUUCAGAUAUCCUUGAGAAUCUUAUAAUACUGAAUGGUCAUAAAUUUAUUGAGAUCAUGAAUUUAUAAAUUGGGAUGAGUUUAUUGAAGUGCUCCUUGUCCUGAAAAUACCAUAUUUCUUCAGUUUUAAAGAUUUGCAGGAUAUAUGUCAAUUGGAAGUUGUUCAUUUUUAAGGCUUGAAACACUUCUCUCUAAGCCCUCCUAGCCUUAAAGGUUUAUGUAGAGGAGUUGGCUGUGAUUCUAGUGGUUACCUUUGUAUGUGAUUUGUUGCCUUUCUCGUAACAGCUUUUAAGAUUUUGUCCCUGUGAUGGACUUCUGGAAUGUGGUGUGUAGAAGUUCACUUUUGGUCAUGGCUAUUUGGUGUUCUAUAAACCUCAUUUAUCUGUAGGUUGAUUUCUUCCCCUAUUUUUGGGGAAUUUUCUGCCAUUAUUUCUGUGAAUGGGUUUUUAUGUCAUUUUUGUUGUCUUCUGAUUUUUCACUUACUCCAAUUAUUCUUAGAUUAGUCUCCUUUACAUCACCUAGAGUUGUUAGAUCUAGUUUUCAUUUUCUUUUGCUGUUUUUAUGAUGUCUUUGAGUAGUUGGACUUUGAUGACAUCGUUGACUUCUGGUUCUGAAACUGUAUCCUCAUAUUUGUCCAUAUAGUCUCUUGGAUUUCUGAUGAAACUUUUUCAUGGAUACUAAUUCUUUGGCAAACUGGUCAUUAAUGUUUUGUAUUAUUUUAUUAUAUAGGUAACUUAGUUUUUAUUAGUGUUUUCUGAGAGCUCUUACAUCUUUUUGGUUACUACUUUUCCUGAGUUGUAUCUUCUCUAAUUCCACCAAGUCUCUUUUUGGCCUAUUUUCUAACUUUCUCUUUUGAGUAAUUCAGGUGUGUAACUUAUACUCCUUGAAUUGAAUUCAGGGGAGUUAGAGGCAUUUUGGAGACCCAUUUUGUUGUCUUUUCUUUCCAUGUUUCUGUUGGUUUUUUGGUUGAGCUUUUGGAUGCUUGUAGUCUAAAGUUUGUUGGUUGUAGUAUUGUGGAAAACAGAACAAACAUAGGAAAAAACAGUACUGAGGAAGUUUAGGAGGCAGUUUAUUACACUAGCGAGUUUCUGACUAAGAUCUCUCCCGGAGAGCCAGAGCCCAACCUGAGGGCGUUUUGGAGCUUUUAUAGGGAGAUCAAUCAGGAGGUACAAAGGCAGAUUCAGUGCAUUAUGACUGGAAGGUCUGGUGGCAUUUUGAGUUGCUAAGGGAGUUUAAACAUUUUUGGUUACAUUGUAAGGCCACCAGCUGUGGAUUAAACAGAGAAAGAAAUGUCCCAUUACAUUUUAAAUUGCAUUUAAAAGGUCCUUAGACAAGCUUUACACAAAGGAAGGAAUGUUUUAUUAUCAGGUUGGUCUGGACAUGUCCACUUGAUCUUGGCAGGCUUUUAUUUAAAAUUCUAAAUUCCCUUUCAGUGGACAACUAAAGAGACCUCUUUAGUUGUUUUUCAGUGGUAUACUUUGGGAAUGACUAACUGUAAUUCUUUGUGCCACAGCUCCAAGAUUCAACCACCUUGGUUAUUUUGAGAAAGGAAGAUACAGUCUAGUUAGCCCAGCAACCAAGUUCUCUGGGAACAUAUUCUCAUAUUGCGAAUAUCACAAAGGCAAUCUUGAGUGUUGGCUUACAGAGAAACACUGACAAUUGUGUGACCCUGUUAAUAUCAAACAAAACAAUUACAGUGGUAAUGUCCAUGACAAAUUAGAUAUUAACAAUACUGUAAGAACCAGUUAUGUACGACUGUUGUUGUCAGAGUUUACAAAGGCGAAGAUUUAGUACAGCACACAUAAUUUAUAGGACUAUUAUAUAAUAUUCACCCAAACAGUCAAAUGCAAAAGAGUGCAGGAGAUCUGUCACACACUAGAGACCCAAAGAAUCUAGCUGAGGGCCUGAAUCCCAUGGCAGUGUCUUACACGAGUCGAGCUAAAGACCUAGAGCCCAUGGCAAUGACCUCCAUAGUCCAACUGGAGCCUAGAACCCACAACAGUGUCUCAUGCAAGUCUAUCAAGGAUCUACAUGGGGAAGGCCCAAAGAUCAGUAGUAGAAGCUAGAAAGUCUGCACCAGUGGGAUCCAGAUCUGUGCCAGCAGCCUGAAGACUCUGCAUUGAAGCCAGGAAUCAAUGUUCAGCAUUAAGGAAACAGGCAGAAGUAAGGAGCCACCUAUGUUGUGCCUGAAAGACGAAUAUAAAGCAUAUAGAAAUGAAUGUUAUGAUGCAUUUUAUCUAUGGAGGAACUUUGGAUUUUCCAGACAAAACUAAUGUUGGUCAGAUACUCAGUAUUGCUGAUAUGUAUGGACUAGAAGGUUUAAAAGAAGUAGCAAUCUACAUUUUAAGAAGAGAUUACUGUAAUUUCUUUCAGAAGCCUGUUCCCAGAACGCUGACAUCUGUAGUAGAAUGCCUACUUAUUGCACAUUCCGUGGGAGUGGAAAAUCUUUUUGAUGACUGCAUGAAGUGGAUUGUAAUGCAUUUUGCAAGAUUUUGGUCUGAGAGAAGUUUUGCAAAUGUACCUCCUGACAUUCAGAAAAAUUGUCUUCAUAUGUUGAUCCAGUCUUUAAAUGAUAAGAAUGCUGCUUUUCUUCUAAUGGAAAGUGACAGGCUAAUCAUCAGUUUACCCAGGGUAAAGUGGACAGAAACAGCACUGACUAUGGCAUCUCAACUCCAAGAAGAAUGUAUUGCAUUUAUUGUAGAAAACUUCUCCAAGAUCAUUCAGAGUGAAAAUUUUACUCUUCUCCUACAGUCACAAGCAAUGAGCAGCACGGCUGAUCUGUUGGACAAAAUUUUAAAAGCAGUUGAAGAAAAUAUUACCACUGAAAAUAGUUGCUCUCUUCUUAUGGCUCUGGACACAUUGUUGAACUCUGAAAGUACAAAGGAAAUGGGUUUUACGUGCAAGAUCCAGGCUCUCCGUGAUAAGCUUUGGAUCUUCCUGGUUCAGUCUUUCUAUGCUGUUCGACACACAGAAAACUGGAAGCUUAUAAGCACAGAUGAUCAACAGAAAAUUCAAGCAGCUGCAUUUGACAAAGGUGAUGACCGAAGACUCAGCAAAAAGCCUAUAUUUAGUAGCUCUCAGCAAAGGAGACAUAUUUCUGGCUCUGGUGUUAUAAAAAACAAAUCUUGGAGAGAAAAUAACAAGAAAGAGUGUUGGAGUUAUCUCUCUACUAAUCAAAAGAUGAAAUCUGAUGGAUUAGGAGCAUCUGGACAUUCAUCAAAUGCUAAUAGAAAUAGUAUAAAUAAAACUUUAAAGCAUGAUGAUUUAAAGGAAAAGGAUGGUACAAAAAUAGCAUCUAAGAUUACAAAAGGAUUGAAAACUGGGGAAAAAAAUAUUUCUGGAAAUCCCAAAACUGUAAUAAAGCCCAAAACAGAAAAUCAUGAUAAUGCAAAGUUGGAAAACUUGUCAUCUAAAGUUUUGGAAAGAACAGCAACAUCAGUUGGACAAAAAAAUUCAUUAAAUGGAAAAGGAGUGAGAAAUCAGGAAGGGCAAGUUACAGGUGCCAGACCCAAGGUACUCACUGGGAACCUAAAUGUGCAACCCAAGGCAAAGCCUCCCAAAAAAGUGACAGGGAAAGAUUCUCCAUGCCUCAGCAUCGCAGGAGCCUCCAGCAGAUCUACGAAUUCAAGUGUGGAAUUACUGACUUCCACUGGAUCUCUGAAUGAACCAAAACAAAAUGGAUCAAUAGGAGAAGACAAGUCUUCUGGUCAGAAGCUAUCCUUUCGUGAUUCUCCAGGACAGACGGUGAAAAACAGUGUAGAUGGUGUCAAAACUUCCUCUGUAGCAGUAAAAUCUCGGCCUGUUUCAAGAGUUGCCAAUGGGACUUCCAAUAAAAAAAGCAUUAAUGAACAAGUCACUACUGUAAAUAAUAGUGCCCUAAAGAAGGUCAGUGGCAAAAGAUAUAGUGAUCCAGUACCACAGGCAAUUUUGAAGAAAAGAGGUAAUGGCAAUGGACAGCAAAGGACAAAGAGUGCCACAUCUAAUCUUGCCAAAACUCAAGGAUCCCAAGGAGAGUCACCACAUUCAGUAAAAUCUUCAGUCUCUUCAAGACAGUCAGGUGAAAAUAUGACAAAGUUGAACCACAGUAUAACUGCAGAUAAACAAACAUCUAAGAGAAAAAUUGUUAAGCCAGGACACAUAAAUACUACUAAGGCUAAUGCAAAAAUGGUGUCCAUACCUAAAAACCUAAAUCAACCAAACACAGAUGAAACUCUGAAUAAUAAAGAUUCAAAACAAAAAAUGUUUCCUGGACAUGUUAUACCAAAAACUCAGUCUUCUCAAAAACAUUUAAAAAGUGAAACAUCUGUUCUCCAAAAAAGUAUCCUCCAUGCUGUACAUGAUAACAACAACAAAGACAAUGUUUCUGAACCAAAACCUCACAGAUGUCUAAUUAAUCUCACAUCUGAAAUCAGUGGUACCAGAGCAUUCCAGUCAUCAUGCAGACCUGACCCACAAGAGCUAUUAAGCAGUCAAGAAAAAGAUAAAUUGGUGUUAGAAUGCCAGAAUAUUUCAAAGAUGGAUAUAUCAAGAAAACAUGAACUGAAUGUAAAACAGAUUUGCUCAGAUAAAAAUGAAUCAAAAUGUCCUAGUCACAAAGACAUGAAUCAUUGCAAUACAACUAAAACAUACAGUUAUUCUGAUGAGAGUGAUGUAGAUUCAAAAAUUUAUAGUUUUGCUGCUCUAAAAUCCACAGUUUCAAAUACAAAUGAAAACUCCUUAAACUCUAAUCUAAUUUCUGAUUUAGACUCAACAAAUGUAAAGCAAAUUCAUUUAAUAUCAGAUAAAGAGAAACAAACAGGGAGAAAAGACACUAACAAAAAAUCAAACAUGGAAUGUAUGAAAGAAGCUUUAUCUUGUAUUCCUGAAAGGACAAAUGGUACCUUAAAUUUUAUUCAAGAUGACAGAAAAUCUAAAGUUCAUGUAGAAGAACCGACAAUUCCUAGUCAAUUGUUUGAUGACUGUGUUAUAAAGGAAGGUAAACAUGCUGUCACUGAUUCAGAUGUUUCCUCCAAAUGUUUUUUGAAACAACUGUCAGAAAAAACGUUUCCUAAAAAUAUGGAAAAGUCAGAAACUCCAGAGAACCAUGAAACUCUAGAAGUUCCAUUCACAGGUCACUGGAAUUUGAAUACCAGUAUGCUGCCUCAAAGAGAGAGUCCUGAAUCUGACACUGGCAGUGCUACCACAUCCUCUGAUGACAUAAAACCUAGAUCUGAAGACUAUGAUGCUGGAGGGUCUCAGGAUGAUGAUGGGUCAAAUGAUAGAGGUAUUUCUAAAUGUGGCACUAUGCUGUGCCAUGACUUUCUUGGAAGAAGUAGCAGUGAUACCAGUACUCCUGAAGAAUUAAAAAUAUAUGAUAGUAAUUUAAGAAUUGAAGUAAAACUGAAAAAGCAAAGUAAUAAUGAUCUUUUCCAAGUUAACUCAACAAGUGAUGAUGAAAUUCCUAGGAAAAGGCCAGAAAUUUGGUCUCGAUCUACAGUAGUCCACACUAGGGAAAGAGAAAAUAUUCCACGAGGCACUAUCCAAUUUACUCAGGAAAUAGAUCAGGUUUCUUCCUCAGCAGAUGAAACAGAAGAUGAAAGAUCUGAAGCUGACAAUGUUGUGGAAAAUUUCUCUAUAGUUAAUCCAUCUCCUCAGCAGUUUCAGGGAAUAAUUAACCUAGCUUUUGAAGAUGGAACCGAAAAUGAAAGUCGUGAUUUUUCUGCAACUAAAAAGUUUAAAAGAUCAGUUUUACUUUCAGUUGAUGAGUGUGAAGAACUGGGAUCUGAUGAAGGGGAAGUUCAUAUUCCCUUUCAGCCUUCUAUAGAUUCUUUUUCACCUUCUGAUGUUUUUGACGGUGUUUCUCAUGAAUAUCAUGAAAAGAACUAUUAUCCCAGAUUCUCACAAGAAAGUGAAGAUAGUAUUUUAAAAUGUAAAGAACAAGAUAAAGGCAAUAGUACAAACAAAAUUGAAAACACUUUCUUGGAUCUUAGUAGCACUGACUCUUCAAGAAAAGAUAAACAGAGUACUUCAGCCACAGACAAAAAGAAUACUUUAGAUGUCCUAUCCAAAGGAGACAGACAGCUUUUUCUAGAAGAUAAAAAGGAACACAGUGGAAGAGAUAUGGAUAAUGACUUUCAACAACAUAGCAAAUUCAUGGAUAGUGAUACAAAAUCUCAAGAAAGACCAUGUCAUUUGGCGCUUCAUCAAAGAGAACCCCAUUCUGACAUACCAAAGAAUACCUCUGCAAAAUCUCUAGACUCCUCUCAGAGUCACAUUCUGCCUCAGGAAGGUCAAGUGAAAGAAAGCCAUUCUACAGAUACUGAAAAAGCUAAUAUUGCUUUAUCUGCAGGAGACAUAGAUGAUUGUGACACACUGGCACAAACCUGCAUGUAUGACCAUCGGCCUUCAAAAACCCUCUCUCCAAUAUAUGAGAUGGAUAUAACAGAAGCAAUUGAGCAGAAAAUGGAAUCUGAAACACAUGUAACAGAUACAGAUUUUGAAGAUGAUCAACAUUUUGCAAAACAAGAUUGGACACUACUAAAGCAACUGCUCUCUGAACAGGAUUCAAACUUAAAUGUUACAAAUUCUCUUCCUGAAGACCUAAAUUUGGCACAGUAUUUAAUCAAUCAAACACUCCUUUUAGCACGAGAUGGCUCAAAACCUCAGGGUGUAGCACAUGUUGACAUUUCGAACAGAUGGAGUGAACUAUCAUCUCCACUUGAUAAUUCCUCAACAAGUAUUACCAUGGCUAGUUUUUCCUCUGAAGAUUGUUCACCUCAAGGAGAAUGGACAAUUCUGGAGCUGGAAACACAGCAUUAAAAGUCUUAACGAUUUGGAAAAUUUAAACUGUGCCAUCCCUUUAUUUUUUGAUGUCCACAUUAUAUCUAAAUUAUAAUUCCAUUAGAUAGAUAUAGACUGUCCUUACACUGAGGGAGUUUUCCAAUUUAUUGAGGUUUAUUAAUAUAAUAUCACAUGUAGAAAAAAGUGUUUUUCUAAAGUUUUUGAGCAUGUUUUCUAUAAUUAUUAGAAAAAUUAGAAGAUUCAUAAGGAAACUCUUGCCUCAGUUUUCCUUUCCUACCUGAUCCUAUUUUUCAGAAUUUAAAGUAGGAAUGCACAAGUGGAUCAUUCCCUUUAUCCUUUUUGGCUCUGCAUAUGGUACCAUAGUAAUUUAACAAUAAAAAACUUAGUAUGCGUG